CCAUCACAAAAUGUCCCAACAGGAGCUAUUCUUCGAGGUGCGCCGCAACAGAUCGCACAUUUACCUCGACGCCGAGGAAUCUCACUCGGUUAUGGAGCUCAAGCUAAUGCUCGCCGGAAUCACACGGGACCCAGUCAAUCAUAUGGAGCUGUGGAAACUCGACGAGGACGGCAACAAAAGCCAGCUACUUCACGACACCGCCACGCUUUCUGACGCCGGCUUCUCGUCGACUAAUGCCAAGGCCCAAUGCCCAGCGGCUCUCGGACUCCGACUCACCAACGCCGAGGAGCAUCUCACGAUCAGCGACGUCUCCACUGCUCCACCAAUUCCAGACACAAUGCGCCAGGAGCAGGCUCCACAAGAGUAGAUCUCUCUCUCUCUCUCCGUCUCGUUGAAUAUUUCACCGUUUUUUUGAUUUUUUUUUUGAAUAUAUCUCCCUUUCUUUUGGUCUUUUUUGUGCUUAAUUUAUGUAUUUUGACAUGUAAGUAUCCCGAAAUCGCAUAAAGUUUUAAUUUUCACCG